AUAUUGUCUUUGGUGUUUAGUUGGUACACGUCACUUCUCUUAGGUUAUUGAUACCGAUAAAAAAUGAAUUUUCCUCUAAUUUUAGGCAUAUUUGCCUGUUUUUCUCUAGCACUAGCGGAUAAAGAAACAUUAGUUCUUGUGGAUAAUCUUAAUGUUAGAGAGACACACUCUCAAUUCUUCAAGUCUUUACAAGACCGUGGCUACACCCUGACGUUCAAAUUAGCUGAUGAUAGCAACUUAGUGCUUUCUAAAUAUGGUGAAUACUUGUAUAAGAAUCUCGUAGUGUUUGCUCCUUCUGUGCUGGAAUUCGGCGGUCAGAUUGAUACGGAGGCGAUCACGAAGUUCAUCGACGAUGGCGGCAACCUACUCAUGGCUGGAAACGCAGCCGCUGGCGACGUAUACAGGGAGAUUGCUUCAGAAUGUGGUUUUGAGAUGGAUGAGGAGUCGGCAGCGGUGAUCGACCAUUUCAACUAUGACGCAUCAGAUGAUGGAGAACACACCAGGAUUGUUGUAUCUCCAAAGAACCUCAUCAAUGCGCCAACAAUUGUAGGCUCACACAAUACCCAGCCAAUCUUGUUUGAAGGCACCGGUCUUAUCCUGGACAAAGAUAACAGUCUUGUUCUGCCUAUUCUUACUGCUGACAGCACUGCCUACAGCUACAACCCUAAGAGCCAGGUGAAGGAGUACCCUCACGCCGUCGGUCGCAAGACGGUGCUGAUCGCGGCGCUGCAAGCUCGCAACAACGCGCGCAUUGUGUUCAGCGGCUCCCUGUUCUUCUUCUCUGAUGAGGCCUUCGAUUCCCCAGUCUCCAAAGUUCAUGGUGAUAAAGUAAAGUCCGAACUGUCGGGCAACAAGGCCCUGGCGCUGAAUCUGAGCGAGUGGGCGUUCGGCGAGCGCGGGCGGCUGCGCGUGCGCCGCGUGUACCACCACAAGCAGGGCGAGAAGGACUCGACCAACACAUACACCAUCACUGACAAUGUUGUCUACCAAAUCGAGAUUGAAGAGCUGAAGAACGGCAAAUGGCAGCCGUUCGACGCCAACGAUGUUCAGCUGGAGUUUGUCCGCAUCGACCCGUUCAUACGCACCACAUUGAAGAAGAAGCCCAACGGGGUCUAUGAGGCGGUGUUCAAAGUGCCCGAUGUGUGGGGCGUGUACCAGUUCAAAGUGGACUACGAUAGAGUUGGAUAUACUAGGCUCUAUCAUUCUACACAGGUGUCGGUGCGUCCGCUGCAGCACACGCAGUACGAGCGGUUCAUUCCCAGCGCGUACCCGUACUAUGUGAGCGCGUUCUCCAUGAUGGUCGGCGUGUUCCUCUUCUCCUUCGUCUUCCUCUACUACAAGGAGGACACCAAGGCUAAGAGCGAAUAGACUGUCUCCGUCGCAUUAAUGUAAUAUCUAGUGUAUUUUAUGUUUGUGAUUUCUAAGUUCACAAAAGUUGAUUGUUCUACCCACUGUUUGUUCUGGCUGGUAAGUGUGUACGGAAAAUAGUGAAAUAAAAU